AAUAUAUAACGGUGACAUUAUAUUUAAAUUUUAAUGGCUGAUAAAGAGCGACCAAAUGGUGUUGGUGGUGGUGGUGGUGGAAGCGGAGGAGAUGAAAAGGAAGACGGCGGUGUUGGGUCCACAGAAAUUGGCGAUCCAAAAGAGGAAAACUGCAGAAAGGCUAAAAAGAAGGCUUUCUUUAGAUUCAAGAAAAGCAAGAAGAAAUUGCAUCAGAAAAGGAAGCAGAGAAUCAAUUCUGGGUGUUGGGUCAAAAGGGUUUUUGAGGGUGGUGAUAGGUGUUUCUCGUGCGUGAAGAAACAAGAUACAGAUGAUUCGUCAAGUAAGUCGCCGACGAGUGAUCCUAACAGUGAAGAGUUUACCGUUGAUAUGUUGAGAGCUCUGAUUGAGAAGAACGAUUUUUACUCUAAAGAGUGUAAUCCCCAUUUCGAUACAGAUAGAGACUGAAAAUUUUGAAUUGUGGAUAGUCAUUGAUUGUGUGUAUAUAAAUUGCUGAGAAAUUUUCCCCAAAUUGUUUGUGUAUGAAUGUGUAAAGAAAUGCCUUGAUUCUGUAAUCAAUGAUAGAGGAAAUUAUUCUUCGUU